AUGGCUGUGGAGGGGACCCAGGUGACAGUGUUCUCGAUGCAAGAGGACCUAUGGAUGAGUUCUCGUGCUGACCCUAUGAUCCGCUAUAACCUGUCCCAGAAGGGCGUGGAUGAGCCAGCGUGGGAUGUCAGCCUCUGCUACUGGGUGAAGCCUGUGUCUCUUGCCUCCUUUGAGGUACACGUGUCCUUAGCAGAGUCCAGCAUCAACACUGAUGCUCUCGCUAUCUAUCGAAGGGAAGAGAAGGUUUCAUUCUUCCACAACGGGAAGUAUCAGUUCAUGUUCCCAAACUUCACCACGGAGUUGGGUCUUCACCAGUGGGCUCACUAUUGCCAUAUCUUCUCCUCCGGGAAUUACCAGGGGUAUGUGGGGGGUGAGGUGAGAGCUGAUGGACACUUAGACACGCCCACCGUCCCCUUGUCUCUCAACAGCUCCUUAGUCCUCGGCCAAGAACAAGACAUUGUCGGGGGAGGGUUUGAUAAGACGCAAAUUCUUCGGGGUCAGUUGGCACAAGCGAAUAUCUGGAAUAGAAGUCUGAGCAAAGAGGAGGUUCAGCUUCUGGCAUCCUGUAACGAGGUAGCUUAUGGCAACAUCUUCUCCAGUGAGAUGGAUGACGUGGAGCUCGUCGACGUAACGAAACAUAUGAUUGAUUCUAAAAGUCUCUGCAAGAAAACAGAUGAAUAUGUCAUAUUUCCCGAAAUGCGCAACCUGGCUGAAUCGAUGCUGAUGUGCCACAGGGUUGGAUAUCAUAUUUAUGCACCGGAAACGCAUGACGCAAAUAUAGAACUUCAUGCGAUUUCACGCAGGUUUUCAGAUCCAUGCCACUCAAAUUAUCACUUGUGGGUGGGGCUGACAGACGAGGCUAAUGAGGACGUGUGGCGUAAGAUAUCAGAUAACACGACAGUUAAGAAUCUUUCAUUUGCCUUUGACCAACCUAACGGGAAGCGAGAAGAGAACUGCAUCUUCAUGUCACUCAUAGACGGGCUGUGGAGUGACACACAGUGCAACAGAAAUUGGAAAUCAUGUGUUCCGUGUUCUAAAAACGUAAAUCGACCGCUCCGUCUUCGAGGUCUCUGCAUGGCGAAAGAAAGCGAGACAAUGUACGAGGUGCUGGGGUACAGGGCCGACAAGCCAUACUUCCACGGCUACUAUGGUAUGAUGAUCUUCAGAACGGAUGGCGGCAGUUGGGAAAUGUUUGAUACCGAGACUAAUGAAACUGUCGCGGCUGUGUCACUUGUUCAUCGAGACGACUAUCCAAUGGGCCGCCAUGAGUGGACCCUGAACAGCUCCAUCUGCAGCCACCCAAAGGGCACCACUAUUGAACUCGGACUGUCACCCUGCUAUGAUACAGAGUUCAUGUGCUCAAAUGGUGAUUGCAUCAACAAAACACUGCGAUGCAACACCAGGGACGACUGCAGUGAUCUCUCUGAUGAAUAUGGCUGUACGCUUCUGCACGUACCAGAAGGUUAUCGAGCAGAACGACCACCGGAAAAUCAAGUUGUGGAACAGGCAAUUGAGUUGGUGACCAAAAUUGAAAUUCUCCGGUUUGUUAAAAUUAGCGAUGUUAACCGAGUCGUUAGUUUAGAACUGACUGUGGAUAUAAGAUGGGAAGAUCCUAGGCUGAAGUACCUCAAUUUAAAGAAUAUUUUCGAGUGGAACAAACUCACUAACCAGGAGAAGGAGAAAGUGUGGAAGCCUAAGCUGGAGUUUCCCAAUGUUUACGACGGUAAUGUAAGGAUGUUGAAGGAAGACGUCUACCUGGACAAGACGGGAGAAGCCAUGGAACCUGAUUUAAACGACGUUAACAUGAACAUCGUGUACGCUGGGAGUUCCGCCACUCUUAUACAACAACAGCACUACAGCGGAAGUUUCGCGUGCACUUUCAACGUGUUCUACUACCCGUUCGAUACCCAGCGAUGUUCCGUCCUCGUGCAGUUGUCUUCACUCAGGCAGGAGGUGGUGAGUUUUGUGACGGAGAAGGCGAGUGUCGUGUACCUGGAGGACAAACAACUACCCUCCUACACGGUCGUCAACUACCGCGCCACAGCCACACACCGAGGCAGCAACGCCACCAAGUACAGUGUCCUCAUGGUUGAGUUUGAGCUGGCCAGACGAUGGACUGUGAUCGUGAUGAGCGUGUACCUCCCCACCGCAAUGCUCAUGGUCAUCGGUUACUCCACCCUCUUCGUUAAGGUCUCUCUCCUUCAGGUGAGGCUGAUCGUCAGUUUAACAACACUGCUGGUGCUGUACACACUCUUCAACAACACCUCAGACGCCCUCCCACCCACAGCUUACAUCAAAAUGAUCGACGUCUGGUUCUUCUUCUGCAUCUUCCUCCUGUUCUUCGUCAUUAUCUCCCACGUCGUCGUCGAACAUCUAGAGACUCGGGACCACAUCAUCAAGGUCAACCCAUUCACUCGAGCCAAGAUCACAACACCGAGUAGUCUACCAGAUCGUGUUCUCAUAAUCCUCCGUCUUUACGUCGUUCCUGUGUCAGUUGUCAUAUUUAGUGCUGUCUACUGGAGUCUAUUCUUCAACUACAAAUAAGAUGCUUGUAUACCCUCAAAACAACAACUGUCUCGUGUUUUUGCCACAUGCGUAAACUCCCAAAGGACUUCACGCCAAGAAGUAAUUUACACAACACAUCAACAGGGUGCACCAUUUAAGAGGCAACCCAAACUUGUUACCAUUCACAAACAUUUCCUGUAUCUCGAUUUUUUGUUGUUUACCAUCCGGUGUAUUGUUGUUCUAUAUGGCAAUUAACUCUCAGGAUAACCUGUAGUUACACCAUUCUCUCACCCCCUUACUGCUAUAACUCAACUGAAGUCGAACCUAUAAUGUUUUUGUUUUGUUUUUAAUUACUAUCAUGGAAAAGGUUAGGCGAGUCCAUUACACGGAACUAGGGGAGGAUAUGUCUUCUGGUUUCGUAUUUGUAAUUUAUGAUUGCUGUUUGGGUUGGAUUUUAUGUGGUACACCCUGUAUAUAAAUCUGUCUUCACUUGUAUUCGUAUUCCUUUGUAAAUAAAUCAAUUAUGAGCGUAACAAAUUUCUAAACAGGUGUACUAAAAUACCUUCCAAUACAGGUGUAAAGAACUUGAGAAAAAUGGUCUCAUUUUGGCGUAGUUUUUGUUAUAUUUAGAUUUCUGCUUUUUUUUUUUGGUUUCCCUGUCCAAUAUGAAAGAUGAAACACAUGCAUAGAUAAAUAAUAAUAAAAAUAUCAAAGUAACUUUCAUCCAUUUCUUUAGUUACUCAGUGUGUGUGUGUGUGUGUGUGUGUGUGUGUGUGUGUGUGUGUGUGUGUGUGUGUGUGUGUGUUUCUGGAUCAAACAAGAUAAUAGAUGUGUCAAAACGUAAACAAAACGAUAGUGAGUUAAACCCCUUGAGGACGAUAGUGUAAAUUUAUCAUCCUCAAAAUUUUUAACUAUUACUUUUUAAUUAAAUAAACUAUCGUCCCUAAAACUAUUCAAUUAUUACCCCGUUAAACCAAAAUCCACAGAGGGUUUAGCCAUCGUCAUCAAAAGGUUUAAACCCAACAUCAAAAGGUUUUAACCCAUCGUCAUCAAAAGGUUAACUCAUUACUCUUCAUCCUAAAAUAGUUUUAAAAUUAUCCUCUACAUAAAACACGUACACUAACCCAUGCAAAUAAAACAAAAAACACGAACCUUCAUAAAACACUAACCCACGUACAUUAAACACGUACCGGAUACACUUAAAUAUAUAAAGUAAUAAAUAAAGAAACAUAAGGACCUAGGAGUCUCAGGUAUCCGACACUCUCAUAUGGUACGGCUAUAUCAACAAGCAGAUGUAUUUGAAUAUAAAAUACUGUUAUGUCACAUCUUUAAUAUAUGAACUGUAUAAGAUAUAGACAUCAAGGAAGAUUGUAUUAAUUCCUCCUCUUCUUUCUUACGAGAUAUAAUGAGAUUUAAAUUUUCUAAACCACAAAUACAACGAUAAGUUAAUACUAAAACUCUCUAAGUCACAAAUUAAUCGAUGAUGUAUGUAAUAUUAAGAUACUAAAAGACUUGAUCGAUAAGUUAUUUAAUAAACACUAAAAAUCACAAAUUAACAAAGAAUUUAUCUAAUAACUUAUAAAUUCAGUCACAAAUAAAUCGAGUGUGUUGUGUGAUACUCCCUGACCAAGACAACCUAUAGUGUUUAACCCAAGACACAUGCUAACCAGUGGACAGGGAGUGUGAGGCGACUACCCAGACGCUUGUGUUGACCCUUUCUUUGACUGGCUAAGAAUCUAGAUACACUAAUGAUAUUUAAUAUUCGAAGCUUAGAGAGUAAUUUUGAUCUUCAUUACCAAUAGCGGACCUGAGGAGAGGAGAUUAUUCUUUUAAUUGCAACAUAGCAUUCGCUCUCUUAAUAAUAUAUAUUGGAGCUAUAAGACAACUCGGUAUAUCACCAAGGAAUGAAAGAAAAUAUUCAUGUGAGGUGCACCAUAAUGGGAGAUGUACAGUCACCCAAAAAAGUCCUGUCGCGA